AACUAGAACCCAAACCAUGGGUAACUCACAUGGCUACGACGCGAUUCGGCGGAGGAUUGUGGAAAUGGAAAGUAUACGCCAAUGCCGAUUUGCCGCAGUCUAAAGUCGCGUUACCUCGGGAUUUGCGCGACGCGACUUUUUCUCUCGACCUCUCUUCCAAUCUCCUAGUUCCGCAAGCUAUAGAAACCAAAACGGAAAAAAUAAUAAAGGAAGAUGUCAAUCAAGCGGGUAGCAGUCAUCGGGCUCGGUCCUGCUGGCGCUAUCGCAAUUGAUGCCCUCGCUCAAGAAAAAACCUUCGACACAAUCCGUGUCUUCGAGAGACGAGAAGCGCCAGGAGGCUGCUGGGUCAACGAUGAAGCACCACCCCCGAACCUGGACCCUUCAAGCUUCGCUGCGCUGGCCUCGCGCAAGGGCGACCCAACUGUUCAAGCGCCAGCGAAGCUUCCGGGGCGAACUCCAAAGCUCAAACAGCCGCGAUACACAGAAUCGUCCAUUUAUCCUUAUCUAGAAACCAACGUCGACAGCUUAGCAAUGUCCUUUACCAAAGAAUCCAUCCCAGAUCAGCGCAGCCCGCUUUCCAUAUCGAAGCAUGGCGAGGACACUCCGUUCCGCCCCCACGCUGUCAUUCAGAAACAUAUCGCCUCGCUUGUUAACCGGAAUGGGUAUGAAAAACUUGUGUCGUACAAUACCACUGUUGAGCUAGCAGAGAAGAUCGGCAACGAGUGGAGAUUAGUAUUGCGAAAAGAUGGCGACGUAAGAGGGGAAGACGAGUGGUGGGAGGAGUGGUUCGAUGCUGUAGUUGUGGCGAGCGGACAUUAUUUUGUACCAUAUAUCCCCAAGAUCGAAGGAUUGGAGGACUUUGAACGAGCACGGCCAGGGAGCGUCAAGCAUACCAAGAUGUUCCGUGGACGUGAUGCUUAUCAAGGAAAGAAAGUUGUAGUCGUAGGCGCAUCCGUCUCGGCAGCUGAUAUCGCAUACGAUCUUGUCGGUGUUGCUCAAGGUCCGGUAUACGCUGUCAUUGUCGGCCAUAAAGCGAACGGAUACUUUGGAGACGUAGCGUUUCAGCACCCCGGUAUCGCUCCGAAACCGUCCAUCUCACAUAUUGCCGUUUCAAAUAGCGAUCGAACAGUACAUUUCGUUGAUGGGACCUCGGUUGCGAACGUUGACGAAAUCAUAUUCGGAACCGGAUACUCAUGGACACUUCCCUUUCUACCGCAUGUCGAAGUACGGAACAACCGUGUUCCUGGACUGUACCAGCAUGUCGUAUAUCAGAAAGACCCUACACUGCUCUUUGUCGGUGCAGUAGCCGCAGGCCUAACGUUUAGAGUCUUCGAAUGGCAGGCUGUACUCGCCGCACGCGUAUUGGCUGGACGCGCGAACCUUCCUCCGCUCGAAGAGCAACAACGCUGGGAACUAGAGAGAAUUAAGAAACGCGGCGAUGGCGUUCCCUUCACUAUGGUCUUCCCAGAUUUCGAGGAUUACUUCGAGACUGUGAGGAAACUCGCUGGUGAACCGCGGCAGGGUCAACCUGGAAGACGCUUACCGCCGUUUGAUAAGAGCUGGUUGGAAGCAUUCAUGUCAGGUCAUGAAAGAAGAAAGAAAUGGUGGAGAGCCGAGAAUGCAAAGGCGAGAGAAUUGCUUGGAGACGCCCCUCGACCAAGAUUAUAAUUGUAACUCCAUCUGCAUAUCAAAGGCUAGUUGCUUAAUAUAACUUCUAGUAACUACAUAUACAGUUAAAGUUGCCCUACAUCUUAGUCAUUACUUUAGAGUGACUAGCUUGAUGCGGGGCCGUGCGGGCACACUAAAGUUCAAUCACAUCGCCCACCAACCC